AUGGCACAGUUUCCAGUCCCCCAUGAUUGGGACUCUUCGUCAUGGAGUGUUCACGAAAUCGAACGCAUCCGGAACAAGUACAAAUGUGACUGCAAGGAGUUCUACCAAACCAGUUGGCUCUGUGCGCAUAUCCUAGCGACUCUACAUCUCGUUGAUUCGCUAGACUUGAAGAUGAUGCUUCGUAAAAUCCCGGCCCGUAAACCUCCAGAGCGACCACGGAAGAAGACACAGUGCCUCGAUCGCGACGGCACAAGAAAAUCUCAGUAUUCGGUCAAUACUUUGGUUAAGCGAUUGACGGAGAAGCCGGCCAGUGUGAUUAACUGGAGUAUUUUGACAGCGCAAACUUCCAGCGACGAGGAAGGCGAGGAAACACAGCGUAACUACAUUGGCAAAAUCAAACCUCCUUUCAUGCGCGGCGGUGAAUGGCACUGGGACAUAAAGUACGAAGAACUGGAAGUAGCGCCACCUAUGGAAAUUGAAGAGCUAGCCAGGACCAUCAACUACUCGUUCCAGAUGGGGGCACAACUUAGUGCCCAACUAGCGUUACCCUACGCCUGCAUGGAUAAUGCAUCCUUGAUUACGUAA